CGUGCGGUUCGGUCGACGGGAUAUAUCGCCUCCUCCUUCCCUCUACCAAGAAAUAGGCGCCAAAGCCACUCGUUUGGCAAAUAUCACACGGAACUCAGCGAGCACGGAAGUGUUUGCCAAAUUAAAUAUUGCACAUACAUAUGUACUUAACCUAAACCUUUUCGGUUGCCCUUUACAAACUAAAGCAAAUAUUCAGUGCCCCCAUCGAUCGCCGUGAUAAAUCGGAGAGUAUCAAACCCUCCGAUCGCGUCGAAAGAGAGAGAGAGCGAGAACAGGAAGAGCCGGCUGGCGGCUUCAGUCUUUAUUUUCCCCUCCUCCGCCUCUCGUCCCCUUGCCACCCCUUGUUUUUUGGUGUCGCGUGUACUGCAGUACUACAAACUACAAAAGUACCACACGCCACAAAACUGUCGCCAGGUGUGCAAUAUAUAUAUGUAUAGUGUGCGAGUGUCUUGGUCUUGGACGAUUCUUCGGCGUUUUUGUUUUGCUGCAUUCAUUCGCAUUCUUCAUCGCCUCGAAGAUUUAAGAAAAUUUCCCAGCAGCUGUCACUCCGAAAUUUGCCAAAUGCCCCUUUAUUUGAUCAUCGAAAUUGCGUAGUGAAGUUGGAAGUUAAAGCCACAAUUUUGAACAUGUCUGCAAUUAACGGUCGCAAUCAGAAAAUGGAACAACAGCGCCAGCUCAUGGAGGCCUACAUCCGGCAGAAGAGAGCCUCGCCGGGAAUGGUCCAAGCCAGCGAUCUACAGAUCAACCGGCCCAUGUCCGGGAUGCGCAGCAACAGCAGGGAGCUGCACGCCUACGACGGACCCAUGCAGUUCAUCAGCUCGCCCCAGAAUCCGGACCAGAUACUGACCAACGGCAGCCCCGGGGGCAUCGCUCCGGUUGCCAUGAACACGAGUCGCAACCACUCAAACAACAUGCGCAGCCUGAGCACCAUCAACCAGGAGGCUGAUCUUAUAGAGGAGAUCUCUUCGCAUGAACUGGAGGACGAGGAGAGCAGUCCGGUGACGGUGAUCGAGCAGCAGCAGGCUGGCAGCCACAGCGCCAACUCGACGCACUCGCAGAAGCCGCGUGCCCGCCAGCAUUCCUUUAGCGACAACCUGGACGAGGACGACUACACCAAUCGCAAUGUCGCCGGAGCAGCUCCAGUGCGUCCCGCCGGAAUGGCCUCGUCGCCCUACAAAGAUGCGACGCUCGACAGCAAUGGAACAGGCAAUGGGGCUGGUGGGGAGUCCGAGGGGGAUGUCAUCGGAAACAUCGACCAGUUCGUGAUGCAGCCAGCGCCACAAGGCGUCCUCUAUAAGUGCCGCAUCACCCGGGAUCGCAAGGGCAUGGAUCGAGGUCUCUUUCCCAUAUACUACUUGCACCUGGAGCGAGACUACGGCAAGAAGAUAUUCCUGCUGGGAGGCCGCAAACGCAAGAAGAGCAAGACAUCCAACUACAUUGUCAGCUGCGAUCCCACGGAUUUGUCUCGCAAUGCCGAUGGCUUUUGCGGCAAGCUCCGCUCAAAUGUUUUUGGCACGUCCUUUACCGUCUUUGACAAUGGAAACAAGGAGAGCACGGAGAGCCCUAGACUCGACCUGGCCGUGAUUAUUUACGACACAAACAUCCUGGGGUUCAAGGGACCUCGCAACAUGACUGUAAUACUGCCGGGCAUGACUGAGGAUGAUCAGCGUGUCAAGAUCAGCUCAGCGGAUCCCAAGCAGCAGGGCAUUCUGGACCUCUGGAAGAUGAAGAACAUGGACAACAUUGUGGAGCUGCACAAUAAGACGCCGGUGUGGAACGACGAAACGCAGUCGUAUGUGCUCAACUUUCACGGACGCGUCACCCAGGCGUCGGUGAAGAACUUUCAGCUGGUCCACGACUCCGAUCCCGAGUACAUAGUGAUGCAGUUUGGCCGCACCUCGGAGGACGUCUUCACCAUGGACUACCGCUACCCACUGUGCGCGAUGCAGGCCUUUGCAAUAGCCCUCAGCAGUUUCGACGGCAAAAUAGCCUGCGAGUGAGCUAGCUUUGGUCCUCGGGGUUAGCCCGCUGCCUUAUGUACAGCUGUCUGGAGGGUGGAACAAGCCACUCUGGCCAGAACUCUAUCGGAAAUCUAGUCACGCGAAGAACUCCUUCAUCACUUAUGUAUGUAUAUGUAAUGUAGUGGCUAUCAUUUUAUGACAUUUACUCAGAAUGUGCUCACCGAUUUUAUAAGAAAUUAAGUAGGACAGGUCCUAUAACUCUGUAAAUCUUAAUGUGCCCAUCUAACGAUAAGUUCACUUGUAAGCGAAUCGAGGUAAAUGUCAUUUAAACUUAAUAUCAGUUUUAUAAUCCGCAUAUAGCAACAAAUCAAGGACAAAUGUAAACUAUUUGAAAUGAGAGUACUAUUAGUCUUUAAGAGAACAUUACUAACUCGUACUAGGCUCUAGGUAAAAGCAGCUGAUGAUCAAAGAUUUAUUUUUCAUUGUGUGAGCAGUGUAGAUACUUUUCAUGAAAGCAUAUAUUUAUUUAUCAAAAUCAUAAAGAGGCAAAUUAAAGUAAAUAAAAG